GCUCUCGAUGCAAAGCUACCUUAGCACCAACAAAAGCUUCCUAUGUUGCCUUGCUGAAGGCUGUCCAUCGGGUCAGAUCCAUGAUACUGGAGUAGCAGGCCCGAUCUUUCGCUGUGCUGCUUGCGGACAUCGCAUGUGCACUGCCCACAACCCCAUAAUACCGUUUCACGAGGACGAAGUCUGUACGCAAUACAACGAGCGCAUUGAACGUGAGAGACUUGUGCGCGAGGCCCAAAACGAAGAGGUACGGUUGAGAAGAGAGCAAGAAGAAGCCAGUAUCGCUGAGGUUGGAAAGUCUUCAGUUGAGUGUCCGGGUUACGGAGCGCAGAUCCAGAAGACAUCGGGAUACGAUCAUAUGACUUGUCGUUGGCCGGGAUGCCGUUUCCAGUUCUGCUACCGGUGUCGAGCUCCAUACAAAGGAGUGCAAAGCAUCAGUGGCAUCGGUAACUCGGCGCAUGCUGAUUCAUGUCGGCAUCAUUCUGCACAGUUGCCAAAUUAUCACGCCGACUUUGGAGAGGAGGAGAUUUGAUCCCGAUCGAAAUAACAAAAGGCAUUCUGCUCAUUGGACCUUCCAAG